AUGCACAAGCGGAACCAAAAGACUGAACCGAUAGGCCUGUCCAAAGUCCGCGCUGGUGAGGGCCAGCCGAGGCGAUGGCGCGUUCCUGUGCUUGGCCAUCAUGCGAAUUCCAAAUUGGAACAUUUGGCUGGACUGUUGACAAAACCGCCAAGUCGGUCUGUGGAUCCUACAGAGGAUUCUCAUACCCUUCUGCCGUACCCACCUUCAGGCGCAUUAUCGCCUCGCCUGCAGGCCCAUUCUCAGACAGUUACGAGACAUCUUGUAAGUGGGCCGUUGGCCCUUUCUUACACUCGUCUAUCAAUCCCUUCGUUUUUUCGUCCACCCAUCCACCCACCCACCCAUGUUCCACACUUUGUUCGCCUGUCCAGACGUCUGAUGCUCAAAUGGGACAGACCACAGAUUGGUCAUCGGCCUAAGUAUGUGACGGGGAUGGGAGGAGGAGCCAGAGACCAAUCGGGGCUCGAACUGGCCAGUGGAAUAGCAUGCCUGCGAGACUGGCGCCAGGCGCCUGAGUGCCACCGGCACUUUCCGUCCUGGCCACAUCACCGACACCUCGGGACUGGUGAAAGUCCGAAUGGGCUGACAUUUUGGCCGGCUCACUCGGCCAAGGGGAUGUGGGUGUUUCAGAAGCCGAGGAGGUUUAUAGCAGUCCUCUCUACCUGCCCUCUGCCCCGAGAGCAGAGAUACCGAAUACGUCCUCUCGGCCGGCCAACUGGUCCCAUGAAGAGGAGGUCCCAUGAAUGUGGCCGAGGAGAGGGGGAAGGGGUGUGA